CACAUUAUAUUGGAAAUUAAUAAUUCUUUUUAUAUUCUAUUUUACUUAUUCUCUGAAAUGACAAGUUUGGUAAAAUGGCAGGAAGUCUACAUUUUCACUCCGCCCAACUUUAUAUUUCAUUAUUUCUUUUUCCCAGAAAACUAAUAAUCUUUUUCUUCUUCUCAUGGACUUGAAUGCAUGGUUACGCGAUACAUUACAGCAACGACUAGAGAAACAAGAUCAAUGGACCUAUCUUUGUCAAGGCAUGUUACAAGAAGAUAUAGUUGAAAAUGAAGUACGAGUGGAUAAGCCUUCCAUCUUAUUUCUACAAAACGAGGUAAAAGCAUUAAUAGAAGAAAAAGGUAUUUUUGCAGCAGGUGCUAUUCCUCGACCUUAUUACCGAGCCAUGGCAUAUACUUUGGAUAGUUGUUACAAACAUGGUGGUCGACUUCCUCCUUUGUUACUGGAUAACCCAUUAAAUAUGUUGACUUGCAAUAACAGUGAUAGAUUGGAACAAAUACAGAUACGACUCUCUCAAAUAGUUUCAUCCAAUAAAGAUUCAUCAAGUGUAUUACAGGAAUUCUUAUUUGAGUACUUGGAACCUGAAGAUUGGCGGUUAUGGUUACUGAUGCGUACAACAACAGGAUCAAAGGGAUGGAGGGUGAUGCCUCCAAGUCUUAAUCAAUGUCUUACUGGGUUUUCUACUCUAUAUCAAAAACAAUAUUCUUUGAACGAUACCACAGAUACCAACAACAAAAAGAAGAAAAACAUGCAAAAUCAUAUAUUGACAGUUGGAGCAAAAGCACUUAGCAAGCAUUGGCAUCGUGAUAGACAAAAUGAAUUCUGGGGUAACUGUACUGGAAGUGAAUCGACCAAGAAUGAUCACGCCAAUAGAGUCUUACUCAAAAUUUUGACCAAUGCUGUAUGGAUCAAUCUUCACUCCUUACCGCAUGAUCAAGCGGUAUAUGAAAUCAGGGAAUCGAAUGGUUAUGGGGCUCGAUGGACGACAACAACCACCAAAGAAGGGAAAAUACAAGAUGAUUGGUUAUUUCGUGGGUUCCUAGAACCUCAAAUGGAAGAUGGUCAUUCACUAGGUUGGAUACAUUAAUAUUGAUUAGUUUUAGUUUAAAUUAGAUUUAAGUAUUAUUUUGUAGUACAUUUAGAAAAAUAAAAAUAAAAAAAUAAAAAAAAAGUAAUAUUAUGC